AAAAAAGAAAGCAACAGCAAGGAAAACAACAACAGAAAAACUAGAAAAUUGAUUAGAUUUGUGUUUGUUAAAAGGAGUGGGGGGGUAACUUUUGAUGGGCAACGCGACAACUAGACAAAACAAACGCCAAGAAGUAGCCGAGGAAGCCGCAACAGAGCAGCAGCAACAACAACAACAGCAACUGCAACCAAUACAAAGAGUAUCUGUUGUCCACAACGUCAACAGCGGUAGCUGCGUCACAGCUGAGGCUCAGCACCAGCAGCAGCAGCAACAACAAUCAGCUGCGUCGCGUCAGCUAUCCACCUGCAGUCUGGGGAGUCUAAGCGGUGGACGACGCCUCAACUGGAGCUUCUCGGGUGCUCGGAACUCAUUUCGUCAUCGCAAUAAGGCCACAAGAAAGAGUUUAACCUCCCUGCAAGGCUCGAAACGUUGUAAAACGCAAUGGCAUCGACCGAUAACCAAUUCCAUAUUUAAUUCUCACUUCAAGGAAUCAAGUCGCAACGAGGAAUUUCAUAUUGAACAUCUGGUGGCCAAAGGUGCCUUUGGUGUGGUCUUCAAAGUAAAAGAAAAGGAAACGCCAAGUAAAAGAGAAGAAAACACUUCUUCUCAGGCCAGUUACGCUCUGAAAGUUCUUAAGAAAUCCAAGCUCAUAGAGGAGAACAGCGUGCAGCAGAUCAAGGACGAAGCGGAUAUACAAAAAGUUUGCGGUCACAAUCAAUUUAUUGUCCAACAAAUCGAUCUUUGGCAAAAUCGUCACAAUUUGUAUAUAUUAUCCGAAUAUGUGCCGAAUGGUGAAUUAUUUAGCAAAAUUUCACAAUUUUCAAUCGAUUUAGUGCGUUUGUAUGUGGGAGAGAUUGCACUUGCUAUUGAUUUCCUGCACAACGCUGGGAUUAUCUAUCGCGAUGCCAAACCUGAGAAUAUUCUACUAACUCAACAAUUUCAUAUUAAAUUGACGGAUUUUGGUUUAAGCAAAUGGCUUAAAUUGGGUGCAAAUACGCGAACAAUGUGCGGCACUUUUAAAUAUAUGGCACCCGAAAUCUUGUGCGGCGAACCCUAUGGCCAUGCUGUUGACUGGUGGGCCCUUGGUGUCAUUGCCUGUCAGAUGCUAACCCAAAAGUGCCCCAAUAUAAAACGAUAUUUGCUACGCCAGCAAGAGAGAAACCAACGCAAUGCCAGCUCCAACAUGGCUAGCGAUGGUGGUGGUAGCGAAUGCCUCUCGAAUGCUCCCUCCAUAGCCCAGAUCAAUGGUUGCCUGCUAGACAGUGAUAGCAGCGACAGGGAUGAUGAUUUCUUGCCAGAGUCCGUGGGCAGUCUCAGCCAUGAGGGUCAGGAUGUGUUGCGUCGCCUCUUGGCCAUUGGGCCACGGGAACGCAUACGCAGUGUGAUGCAAUUGCAGAGAAUAGCCCUGUACAAGGACUACCAACUGGAUGCCAAGCGAAUGCUAAAGUUAUCCCCUCAAGAGAUUAUACGACGCGAUGGUAUACGGAUCUAUGAGGAUAAUCAGUUCGAACAAUGUUCCAGCGAGCUGGCCACCAAAGCAUUCCACAACUUUUAGUGCCAAGAACAAAGAAUGAAAUAAUUAAGCCAUAUGAACGAAUCGAUUGCCAUUCGAAACAUUUAUUUUGUCGUUGUACUCCCUCCUCCCAAGUUAGCUAAUAUAUAACAUAUUUAAUAUGAUUUUGGAAUAAAUAAAAUUAGUUGAAAAUGUGUGUUAAUUGAAUGUGAAAAUAAAGCUUUGAACUAACUGA